UUUCUGUGUAUUUUCCACCACAUGGUUCACAGCCUCCACAUUCGAGUUAGAAACGGGUUAUUGAAGACUAACUUGGCUGCUGCGUUACUCUCGGCUGGAUGAGCAGCUCGCAGCUGGCGCACCCGCAGAUCAGUGUUCACGCACAGGGACUCAUUGGCUGAGGACGCGUUCGUGUCACAUUGAAGAAGAGGAGCCGAUGAAGAGCUGGAGGAGCAGCGGACGUGUUUGAGCUGAUCGGACUCAGGCUGCGGCGCGUGGACCGGAGUUUCUCCUGCUUUUCUCCCGGAGCUGUCCGACGUGCUGAAACAUGAACCAGAGCGCGGGAGCCGCGCAGCACAGCCGGAGAUACUCCAGCGACGGAAAGGACUUGGGGCCUAUUGGACCGGACAGGAACUGGAAGGGCAUCGGCAUCUCUCUGCUGGUUAUUCUGCUGGUUCUCUCCCUCAUUGGACUGUCCAUUGUUCUGCUGUCAAGAGAUGAUGGUGUUAAACCCUCUGGUUCACAGUUGACAGUCGAUGACCUGUUUCACCGAGACUUCCAAAUACAUGAGCCUGAUGCAAAGUGGAUUAAUGGAAAGGAGAUCAUCUUUCAGAACUGGGACAGAGAUGUUUUGAAAACGUCUUUAAAGAGCAAUGAAACACAGCUCCUGCUUAAAAACACCACAUUUGCAACUUUUAAGGCCUCAAGGUUUUCAGUUUCUCCUGAUCUCAACUAUGUUCUUCUGGGAUAUGAUGUCAAGCAGGUCUACCAGCACUCGUUCCUGGCAUCCUACCUCGUCUACAACCUGUACACAAGAGAGGUGCGGGAGCUGAAUCCUCCAGAGGUCUCUGACUCAGUCCUCCAGUUUGCCUCAUGGGGUGUUCGUGGUCAACAGCUGAUAUAUGUAUUUGAAAACAACAUUUACUACCAGACGGACGUUCAGAGCAGCUCGUGGAGGCUCACGUCCUCUGGACAGGAGGGGAUCGUCUUCAACGGGAUCGCCGACUGGCUGUACGAGGAGGAGGUGCUCCACACUCAGGCGACCCACUGGUGGGCCCCUGAUGGGACCAGACUGGCCUACCUCACCAUCAACGACUCCCUGGUCCCCAACAUGCUCCUGCCUCGCUUCACAGGAGCCCUCUACCCUCGAGGGAAGGAAUACCCCUACCCGAAGAUGGGUCAAAUCAAUCCCACUGUCAGACUGUACGUCGUCACUCUGGACGGCAGCUCCCUCACGACUGAGCUGAGGCCUCCUGACAGUUUGGAAAAGAGUGAGUUCUACAUCACCAUGGUGACGUGGGUGACACAGGAGAGGCUGAGUGUGCGUUGGGUGAAUCGAGCUCAGAACACGUCCAUUCUCUCCCUGUGUGAUGUCACCACGGCCGAAUGCACCAAGAAACACGUGAUGACAUCAGAGAAGUGGCUUGAUCGCCAGAACGAGGAGCCGGUAUUUUCCAGAGACUGCUCCACAUUCUUCAUCACUCUGCCUUUGAAACAUGGCGACCGAGGGACGUUCAACCACAUCACCAUGAUCUCCAACCACUCUGAGGAUCAAGAGGUCAACCUCCGACACCUCACCUCAGGAAGCUGGGAGGUCUCCCACAUCCUGGCCUACGACGAGACCACCAACUCAGUUUAUUUCCUAAGCACAGAGGAAGGAUCAGCACAGCGGCAAUUGUACAGGGUCUCCACUGUGGAUCCGCUCCGUAAAGAAUGCCUCACCUGCUCCCUCUUCAAAUCAAAGUGCAGCUUCUACGACGCCGCUCUCAGCCCUGACCACCGCCAUGUCCUCCUCAACUGUAGAGGUCCUGGAUUACCUCAAUCAUCUCUCCACAAACUCAAUGAUAUGAACAAGUACAAGAUUUUUGAAAAGAACACAGUAUUGAAACAUGCGCUGGCAAACAGGACGUUACCCAAGUGGGAGAGAAGAACCGUGCAAAUCAACGACUUUGCUCUUCGUCUGGAGUUAAUCGUCCCUGUAGAUCUGGAUCUAACGAAGGAGUACCCACUUGUAUUGGUUCUGGACAGCGCCCCCGGUGGUCAGGCGGUGAGCGAGCGCUUCUCUCUCGGCUGGGAGUCGGUGCUGGUCAGCUCAGACAAAGUGAUCGUGGCUCGUCUGGACGGCCGAGGCAGCGGCUCCCAGGGUCAGAGGGUUCUCCACGAGGUUCACAUGGGUCUGGGAACUGUGGACGUCCAGGACCAGAUCACAGUUCUGGAGCACCUGAUCAGGCUGCCUUAUAUUGAUGGAAACAGAGUUGGAGUUUAUGGAAAGGCGUACGGAGGCUUCCUGUCCUCGCUCCUGCUGAUGUCCCACAGCUCCAUGUUCCAGUGCGGCAUCGCUGUGGCUCCUAUAACCAACUGGAGACUCUCUGGAUCGGCCUUCACUGAGAAAUACUUUGGCUCUUCGCUGACAGAGGAUCACAGACACCAGAUUUCCUCUGUGCUCAACAACGUCACAGUCCUGAGUCCACUGAGCUUCCUUAUCAUCCACGGCACAGCAGAUGCCACGGUUCACUUCCAACAUUCUGCUGAGUUGGUCAAACUACUGGCUGCAUCCAAUGUGAACUACACCCUCCAGAUCUUCCCCGACGAAGGACACGACCUUGCGUCCGUCAGCAGCCGACACUACAUGCUGAGCUCCGUGCUCACCUUCUUCAGGCGCUGCCUCGAGGAGGAAGAGGUUCCUGUCCCGCAGACAUCCAAGGAAGACGACUAGCCCCUGGAACCUCCUGCGGAGCAGAGCGACUGCUGUGAUGAGCCGACAACGAGAGGCUGAAGGGCUGCUCCCCUGUAGAAGUGCUCCCAGAAAUAAGUAGCAUUAUAUUCACUUGCAUGGUGACUCCAGGGUUAUGACGGCCAUUUGAAAGGAUUGUAGUAUUGCUGUAAUCUAAUGCUUCAGAUUAUAAUGAUUAUAUGUAACAUGUACUGAGUACAGACGUCAGGGUAUCAAAGAAACUUGUAUUUUUACAUUUAAGAGUAUAAUUUUCGCUGACUACUUCAAUCUACUGUGAGUAUUUCUAUGUAGCCUACUGAGGGGAACAAGUUCACUUAAUACCAACAUUUUGAGAUCAUAUCAACAAAUGGUUUUCUGCAGGUGCCUUUACCUCAUCACAGUCGUUAUGUUCACAAUGUUCACUCACAUCAUGUCUUUAAUAUCAUCAGCUCUGAGGGUCACCAGAGAAAACACAUCUUCAGCUUCACUUUCCUGCUUAGAUAAGAAUGAAAUACUAUUUAUACAUGGUUUUAAUCACAUUCAGGUUUAAAGAACUAUUGUGUGAAACUUUAGCUAUUAGGAUUUGUGUCUCAAGGAAGGACGGGGGGGUUUCACAUCACCUGCGCUGGAGCGUGUGUGUGUGUGUGUGUGUGUGUGUGUGUGUGUGUGUAUGUUUUCUUUAACCUCACUGCAGUAUUAAUAACAGCCACAAUUGCCUAUUUUUACCCAUAAGUUUGAUGUAACAAUCUCACAUUAGUCCCUUCAGGAGUUUUAUUUUUCUUCACAAUAAAAGCUGUUUUUUGUCAGCUCAGUGUAACUUAACUUAUGUCAAUCAUCUUUUUUUCAGUCUGAAAGUUACAUAUCCAGAAGUCCUGUCUAGGAACUAAUAUGAUAUAAAACCAGAUUGUUGUUAUGUCAUAUAAAUCUAAUACAGUUACAGAUAUUCUCUUUAUCACCCUUAUUUAGUCACAUUUUAACAAACUGGCAGAAUUAAAUAAUGCUCGAAUAAACUAUUAGCAUUUCAUGUUGCACCCAUGGAUGUACAAAGAACUAUGAUUAUUUUGAUACUGAAGAAAACCUCAAACUCUGAUGAUUUUAUCCUGAACAUGAACAUCAGAGACAGUGAAAUCCUCCGGAGCUUCACCCACUAUGACUGAUUCCAGUAUUUGUUUCAUGUCUCUGUGUUUAAAGGUUUGACUGAGUUACAAUCCCAAGAAAGAAUGAAGGAAUCCAUGUUUUGUCACACACAGUAUUUAACCCUCUGUCCUCCUGCUGCUUCCCUUUAGUAUGAACUUGUUGUUUAAAAUGUUAGCUGUAGAACUGUUACAUGACUCCUGCUCUUUUCUAUACUUUAUGUUAUCUCAAGAUUAAUUUUUUGCAAUAACAUUUAUUCUUUUGAGUGUUUUGGACCAGCUGAAUUCCACAAUAUGUUAAUAUGUAGUGUUUAAAAUGGAGUUAUGAAAUGGAGAAAUGUGUAAUAAUACUUUUCUCUGCUGUACAGAGGUUCAUAACCAGUCUCCUGUUAUAAUGCUUAUCAUCAUAUCGUUCAUAUGAUCACAGCUCAUUCUCUGACCAUGAUCCUCUGCUGCUCACACUUCUGCAUGACAUCUACAUACCUGGGAGAAGAUGAAAUAAACGGUUUUAAUAACGGC